UAUUACAAGUAUAACUCGGUUUUUCAGCCUUUAUACAUGACUUCAAACCGACGGUCACAGGCCAAAACCCUCCUUUUCAUGCGGAACCCAUAAUUGGAGACCUCACUGUGCCAUCCACUUAACGUGCGCCCUCGACCGGAGUAGUAAUGCAGCACGAGCGCCUGCUCAAAGUCUUGGUCAUCGGCGAUCUCGGAGUCGGUAAAACGUCCAUCAUAAAGCGCUACGUGCACCAGGUCUUCUCCCAGCAUUACCGCGCCACCAUCGGAGUGGACUUCGCCCUCAAGGUGCUCCACUGGGACCAGAGGACGGUGGUGCGGCUGCAGCUGUGGGACAUCGCCGGGCAGGAACGCUAUGGCAACAUGACCCGUGUGUACUACAGAGAGGCGGUAGGAGCCCUCGUCGUCUUCGACAUGACCAGACUGUCCACAUUUCAGGCCGUGCUCAAGUGGAAAGGAGACCUGGACUCAAAGGUCGCCCUUAGCAACGGGACACCAGUUCCAGCCGUUCUAUUGGGCAACAAGUGUGACCAGCGGAGUUUGUGCCCCAAGCUGCCCAAACUGGAGAACUUCUCCAGAGAGUACGGAUUCAUCGGCUGGUACGAAACCUCUGCCAAAGACAACACCAACAUUGAUGCAGCCAUCACAUGCUUGGUGAAGAGCAUCAUGACUGCGGAGGAUGAGAGAGCCUUGCGUGACGGCACCACCGCCGGCAGAAGCGAACCGGAAGGCAGCGUUCUGGUUCUGCCUCGCUUCGACUACAACACAAAGGAGAAGGGACUCAGUGGGUGUUCAGGAUGCCCCUCGCUUAAAUCCAGAGACAGGGAAAACGACUGAAGGACGGAGGGGUGGACGGGUCUAACCCAGUAGACUGGAAAGAGAUUGCUUUGUUAAAGGAUUAAUACGUUGUAACUUAGAUAAGAUGCCUCCCCUUCCUGCCUCCCUUUUAUCCUCACAAAUGCAUUUCUUCAGAGAUGUUAGAGGAAACAGUUUAAGAGUUUUUUUUUUUUCUGAAAAAUCCAUUAUAUAAUUAAAUAAUUAUAGUAUUUGGGAGAACAGAAAUUGAGUCAAAAAUGUGUUCACCAUUGAGGAAAUCUGUUCUCAGACAAAAGUAAUACUGAAAUGUUUUAUGGAUUUGAUCGUCUGAAAACCAGGUUUUUAUAAAUGAUAUAACUUUAUUUACAGACUCACAUUCAAAUAUAAAAGUACACAUAACAUAUUACAGGAAGGGUACACACAAACAUAAAAACAUACAGACAUAUUGUCUACCACAUAUUACAUAAAGGAAACAACAUUUUUAGGCUUGAGACAGAUGAAUUUUACAAGAACUUUUUGUUUUGUAACAUGAUGAAAGUCAAUUCCAUAUAUAACUAUUUUAUUUGUGUAUUUUAUAAGUUCACAUUUAUCCGUCACACGUCUUUUCUAUUUCUGUUCAGAACAUUUCAGAGGUCUUUUUUUGUGCUUUAAUGCUUUUGUUCUACAAAAGACGUGCUUUUUUCAUCGGGCUUUGAAAGCAAGAUAAACUGCAUAUGUUUAAAAUUAAAAAGCCAAGAAAACCUGUUCUGUCCACAACUGUUUUGAAAAUGAUAUGUCUAAUGUUUUAUCUCACUCUGUCUGUCUCUCACAGUGCUAUGUAAGCAGCUGUU